AUGUCGUCUAUUAAUACUUACCCGCUCUACUUUCAGUCCAACCGGCAACACUGGUUAUUUAAACUACCUAAACCAACAUCGCAAAGUAGACAACAAAUUGCAGCCGCAAAUGUACAACACAAGGCGAGGGCAGCGGUCAACGCCGCGCCCGCGGGAGGCACCGCAGCAGGCAGCCAGCACUUCACGCCGCCCGCCGUCAAUCAAGUCGACGAUGUCUCGCCGGACAUAGACGAGUACCACCAGCAACACUGGUUAUUUAAACUACCUAAACCAACAUCGCAAGGUAGACAACAAAUUGCAGCCGCAAAUGUACAACACAAGGCGAGGGCAGCGGUCAACGCCGCGUCCGCGGGAGGCACCGCAGCAGGCAGCCAGCACUUCACGCCGCCCGCCGUCAAUCAAGUCGACGAUGUCUCGCCGGACAUAGACGACUACCACAAGCAACACUGGCCUUUUAAACUACCUAAACCAACAUCGCAAAGUAGACAACAAAUUGCAGCCGCAAAUUUACAACACAAGGCGAGGGCAGCGGUCAACGCCGCGCCCGCGGGAGGCAGCGCAGCAGGCAGCCAGCACUUCACGCCGCCCGCCGUCAAUCAAGCCGACGAUGUCUCGCCGGACAUAGACGAGGUACCAUUUUCGGGACAACUUCAGUACUUUGACAAUAAAUGGGUUGAAAUAACUUCAGACAAAACUAUUCCAUCUUGGGUGAAAGGUUACCAAAUACCAUUUAAAUGUACGCGAUAUUGUACUAGUGAUCCUUAUGUUUACCCCAAACACAUCCCACGAAGCACAUAA